GAACAUUGUUGUGCGUGGUCGAUACCGAACUUCGCCUGCGGGCGAGGCGUCUGGCUAGCCAGCCAGGUCAAGCGGUCCCGGCAUCGCCUUGCAUGUGGAAGGACCUCCCAGCAGCGGAUGCCGCUUCCUACCUUCACACAAUUUUGCGCGGGGGGGAACACCGGACUUUGGCAUCACUGGCACCAAAGUCCUCCUAUGUUAUGGAGGCCACUGAGGUGCCUUUGGCGGGCGGGCGUUGGCAAUGGGCUGGGAUAGUCAACGGCACUCUCCUUCUCUUGACGGCACGUCUGGAACUCUGUGGUUAUGACUAUCACGGGGGACAGCUAAUGGAAGUGCCGAUCCUCGGCACUCGUGCAUUGGCGAAGGCAUUACGGAGAAUGGGGAGCGUCCGCGGGGGUAUGCUUGAUAGUGAUCCUGUAAACCCGGCGCUGCUCUACCUUACGUUGGACUUCCACUCGACAGCCACUUGCACGCAUGUCAGAAACGCAAACAAAAACGACAGUGUCUGCCAAAGUAACACCAGGCUUUUUCGCUGCACCGUCGUCAGAAGCAUGACAGACGCCAUCAUACGAGACAAGGCGAGGUACUCGAAGUCCAGCGGUCUCGAAUUUGCACAGAACGCGUUCUUCGUCCAAGACAUGCUGCUGGUGAUGCUGACCAGAUGUUUCGCAAUCUAUGACCUCCAUGACCUCGGCCACCUUGAA